AUGCAGGUCUCUGCUAAAUUUUAUUAUUUCACGUUAAUAAAUUGUGUACUCUUAUCUAAUCGGGUUCAUACACGUACAAAAUUCACUAAUAUUAAGUGCAACAGUCUCGACAAGAAAUUCGCAGAUUUCGAUAAAUGUAGACUAAGUGUUCCGAGCCGCGGCGUGAUCGCUCUAACAGUGGAUGUAAAAGUUUUUCAAGUACCAGUGACUAAUAUCAGUAUAAACCUCGCUUUGUUCAAGAAAGCCACAGGUUUUCGUCCAUUCUUGUAUAAUGUUACCGUCGAUUUUUGUGAUUUUAUGGCGAACAAGAAGCGUUAUCCCUUUGUCAAUAUAUUCGUGAAUAUUUUUAUCAAGCAAUCGAACAUUAAUCACACUUGUCCUUUCAAUCAUGAACUCAUUGUCAAAAAUUUAAUAUUACGCGACGAAAUGUUUGACCGAAUGCCGGUGCCAGAGGGUGAAUAUCUGUUUAAGUUAAUGGUGGCCGCCUACAAUGAUUGGAAAGCUGACGUGGGGGUCUACUUCACCAGAGAGUAA